GGCAGGUCCAGCGCUCCGAGUGGCCACAGAGCUCCCGGUCCACGCGGGCAGGAUGAGGGGAUGAGAGGAUGAGAGGAUGUCUGAGCGCGAGCUGAUGGAGGCCACGGUUCGUGAGGAGGCGGAGGAGGAGGAUGAGGAGGAAGAGGAGGAAGAAGAAGGAGAGGAGCUGACACUGCAGGAGAUCUUAACGCUCUAUAACCAGCCUAUUAAUGAGGAGCAGGCCUGGGCGGUUUGCUAUCAAUGCUGCCGGACUUUGGCGGAGGAAGGCGCGGGGCGAAGGCGCAGCAGCGCCGGGCACUCAGGGCUGGACCAUCGGGGGGUCAUCGGGGGUCCAGGCGACGUGAGGAUACACAAAAAUGGCACUGUCAGGCUGCACAUUGCAGGUAAAGGCCAGGCAGCGUCCUCAGCAGUGUGGGUGAUUGAAUCUCUGGGCAUUAUGAUCUAUAAAGCUCUGGACUACGGUCUGAAGGAGAACGAGGAGCGCGAGCUGAGUCCGCCGCUGGAGCAGCUCAUCGACCUGAUGACUAACACGGCCGGCUCGGACGCUGACCCCUGCCCUGACGAAGGCUAUGAAGCCACUGAGGAAGAGGAGGAGGAAGGGCGGGGCUCCAGCAGUGGGAUCCGCCGCUACCGGGACGUCCUCAAGUUGUGCACGUCUCACCUUCCGAGCCCAGAGGACGCUCCCGCCCACUACCAGGCCGUGUGCCGCGCCCUGUACGCUGAGACCAUGGAGCUGCGGACCUUUCUGGACAAGAUCAGGAGCGCUAAAGAGAACCUGCGGAAGAUGGAGGGUGGUACGACUGAUGAUCCAGCUAGAGACCUAAAUGAGUUACAGAAUGCAGACUGGGCACGGUUCUGGGUGCAGGUGAUGAGGGACCUGAGGAACGGAGUGAAGCUGAAGAAGGUGCAGGAACGUCAGUACAACCCCCUGCCCAUCGAGUACCAGCUCACACCCUACGAAAUGCUCAUGGACGACAUCCGCUCCAAACGCUACAAACUGCGCAAGGUCAUGGUGAAUGGAGACAUUCCCCCACGGUUAAAGAAGAGCGCACAUGAGGUCAUCCUGGAGUUCAUACGGUCCAGACCUCCUCUCAACCCUGUGGCAGCGCGAAAGCUGAAGCCUCAGGUUGAACAUCCUCCGAGCCUCCACGAGCGCAUCCUGGAGGAGAUCAAAUCUGAGAGGAAGCUCCGCCCAGUGUCACCUGACCAGAUCCGCAGGAGCAGACCGGUAUUUCGGCCGCUUAGCAAUUCUCAGAGUUUUGACUCCUCAGACAUGUCCACCCCUGACGCGGCGAGGAAAGCGUCCAGCACGCUCUCGCUGGCCAACGGCUCGUCCCUCCAGCAGAGCGGCGCCAGCGGCUUCCAGAGGAAAAGGCUCCAGGCGCCCACGCUGUCGGAACUGGACAGCUCCGACUCAGACGAUGAGACAGUGGGUCAAAGGUCAGCCAGCACCUCCAGCAUCUCUACGCCCAUGGUGGAGGACAUGUCGCCAGAGUCCGUGGUGGGAAAGAAGACCCCACCCAUGUUCCUGCCCAUCUCCUCCACGCCGCAGCCUGAGAGGAAGCAGCCCGCCCAGAGGAGACACUCCAUAGAGAAGGAGACACCCACCAACGUGCGCCAGUUCGUACCUCCGUCCAGACAAAGCUCCAAAUCCUUAGAGGAGUUUUGUUUCCCGGUGGAGUGUUUGGCCCUGACGGUGGAGGAGGUGAUGCACAUCCGGCAGGUGCUGGUCAAAGCCGAGCUGGAGAAGUUCCAGCAGUACAAAGACAUCUACAACGCGCUGAAGAAGGGAAAGCUUUGCUUCUGCUGUCGAACCAAGAAGUUCUCCUUCUUCACGUGGUCUUACACCUGCCAGUUCUGCAAAAGGCCUGUGUGUUCGCAGUGCUGUAAGAAGAUUCGGUUGCCCUCUAAACCAUACGGCAGCCUGCCCAUCUACUCUCUGGGUCCUUCCACCUCCACACUGUCCCGGGACAAAUCAGAAAAGGGCAGUACGAGCCACCACCGGCACAGCCUCCACCGCACCAUACUGUCGAAGACGUCGCGUCAGUCCUCCUCGUCCUCCUCGCGGGAGGAGGUGGAGCUGCCCCGCGAGCUGACGGAGGACUGGAGCAGCAUGGAGGUUUGUGUGGACUGCAAGAAGUUCAUCUCCGACAUCAUCUCCUCCAGCAAGCACAGCCUGUCUCUGGCCACCAAGCGCGCCCGCUUGAAGCGCAAAACGCAGUCGUUCGUCAUGUCUUCUUCAAAAGGGGCGGAGUACAGACCCUCAGAGAGAACUAUCAACGAGGUCUGACCCGCCAGACCUUUCUGUCUGAUCCAAAGCCUGGACUGGACCUUAAUCGCCGGACCAGAAUGACGUAGGAGACCCUGGAGUGGGGAGUAUAUGUCCUCCUGUUUGGUCUAGAUGGAGGGGGGUGUUGACUGUGUGGUGUAGCAGCCAUAAAAGUCUUACUGAUGUGUACUGGUUCUUCUAAAUGGACCAACGCUGCCUUCAUGUGCUGAUUGGACGGUCCUAUUUUUCCACAAAGUUAUAAUUAAUUUACAUUUAAGAGCUUUGUAGAUGGAAAAAGGGGGAUAUUUUAGCCAAGCCCACCGAAUAGCCCAAGCCCACCAUUUAAAAAUAUACAUAUAAACUCCACUGGUUACAAUUAUGAACAAACGAGCAAAUAUCUAUGGCCUAAUUGGUGACGACUAGAAGUAAAUCACAUUUAUAAAUAAAGAAUAGCCAACCACCUUUGCAAAGUCUUUGCAUUCAAGUCCAUUGUAGUAAAAAUAUUAUAAUAAAUAAUAUAUCGGGUAAAUACACCGCUAAUGUUAGCUAGCUAGCUGGUAGGAGUGGGAAAAAAAUGAUCCUUAAAGGGUCCAUAACAUUGAAAGAACAAAUUUCCCGUCUUUUUUUGUUUGGAUUUUAAUAUAUAAACAUUGUUUCAGGAUGUACUGUUCACCACCGAGUCCAUACAGUCCACAUGUGGAAACUGAACUGCAAAAACAUCCUGUUCUGAAUUUAUUUGUCACAAGGACCAGCUUAUUUAUAUCUAUCCACCUAUUCAAACUACAGCAGUUUAGCCCCGCCCACCCAGACUGAAGUUAUAAGUAGUGCUUAAGCUCUGAGUGCUUUUUGAAUGAGGCACAAUACAGGACAGCCAAUCAAAACUGAGCUCAUUUGCAUGCGUUCGGUCU